UCUCUCCCCUCCCAGCUCUCUCAGUACUGCUCCUGCACUGCUCUCUCUGCACUCAGUCUCAGUCAGCCGUCUGGAAUUGUUGUUAUUGCGCUUACUGGGAUGGUAUUGCUGCUGGGGAUCCCGUCAUGCUAAGUCCUUGCUCAUCCAUUCACAUCUGGGAGUCACUGUCUCUAUAGACAUGGUGGUUGCAGAGUCUCACAGACCGUGCUGGACACUUUGUGAUUGCCUAUGCUCCUUGCUAUUACCGUCUCUUUUACUAAUCGUAGCCCGACCAGGGAAACUUGCAGCUUUUCCUACCUCCUUAAGUGACUGCCAAACCCCUACAGGCUGGAACUGUUCUGGUUUUGAUGACAGAGAAAAUGAUCUUUUUCUUUGUGACACCAAUACCUGUAAAUUUGAUGGAGAGUGUUUAAGAAUCGGAGACAGUGUGACAUGCGAUUGUCAGUUCAAGUGUCCCCAUGACUAUAUUCCAGUGUGUGGAUCAAAUGGUGUCACUUUCCGAAAUGAGUGCUACUUAAGAGGAGCUGCAUGCAAACAACAAAGUGAAAUUCUUGUGGUAUCUGAAGGCUCAUGUGUAACAGAGGGAGGUUCAGGCUCUGGCGAUGGAGCAAAUGAAGGCUCUGGGGAAACCAGUCAAAAGGAGACAUCAACCUGUGACAUUUGUCAGUUUGGAGCAGAGUGUGACGAAGAUGCAGAGGAUGUCUGGUGUGUAUGUAACAUCGACUGCUCCCACAUCAGCUUCAAUCCAGUGUGUGCUUCCGAUGGGAAAUCUUACGAUAAUCCAUGUCAAAUCAAAGAGGCAUCAUGCCAGAAACAGGAGAAAAUUGAAGUCAAGUAUCUGGGUCGAUGUCAAGAAAAUACAACAGCAACCACAAAAUCAGAAGACAGUCUUUAUGCAAGGACAGACUAUGCAGAGAAUGCAAACAAAUUAGAAGAAACUGCAAGAGGGGUGCUUAUUUCCUGUUCUGAUACAUAUGAGGAUUACUGUAAGCACGGUAAAUGCGAACAUUCCGAUAACAUGCUGGAGCCUUACUGCAGAUGUGAUGCAGGAUACAGUGGUUCAAAAUGUGAAAAGAAGGAUUUUAAUAUUUUAUACGUGGUUCCUGGACCAGUGCGUUUCCAGUAUGUCUUAAUAGCAGCAGUGAUUGGAACCAUUCAGAUUGCUAUAAUCUGUGUUGUAGUCCUUUGCAUUACAAGAAAAUGUCCAAGAAGCAACAGGAUCCACAGGCAAAAGCAAAACACAGGCCACUACAGUUCAGAUAACACAACCAGAGCAUCGACAAGGUUAAUCUGAAGCGCGCAUGUUUCCACAAUGGCAAAACUACCAGAGGAGACCUUGGACUAGAUUAAUAUUAGUCAAGAUAAGGACAAAAGACCUACACAUGUUGCCUUGCUUUUGUGGUAAUCUACACCAAUGAAAACAUGUACUACAGAUAUAUUUGAAUAUGUAUGGAUAUAUUUGAAAUAGUAUACAUUGUCUUGACGUUUUUCUGUAAUGUAAAUAAACUAUUUAUAUCACAUAA